ACCGGCCAGAGUUCAUCUCCACAGCCAGAUUUGUCCGUCCGUGCUCUCGACAGCUCUCUUCUCUCCUCCGACGAUUCGUGCUUGUCCAACUGUGGUCGGUGGUGGUAGACGGCCGGCGACGAGUGUGCUCCGCCCAUGGCUGCGGCGAAGAUCAAAUCCACCACGCUAUCCAUCACCCACAAGUGCCGGAACAUCUUGGCUGCUGGUUGGGAAGCCCACCUGAACACUAUCAAGGCCGACGCCAAGGGAAGCAAGGAGGAGAUUUACACGUCGAGGGUGCACUACAUGAUCCAGAAGGGCACGCCCUACUUGAUCGUCCCCGAGAAUGACAUGCACAACAUUAACAUUGUAAUCGAUGAGCGGGGUUCUCUUGCGGUGUGCAGUCCAAUACGGGGUCGGGUUGUGAGCUUGCUGAAGUCACUCCAAAAGAUGCCUCCUCGUGUUGCUAUGACCGGUGAUGUUCUGCGCCUGAAAGACUCGAAGGUUCCAAUUAUUGCCGAUAGCCUGAAGAAAGCUAUUAUGAAGGAACACGAAGCUUCUAGUGCAGCUAGUCAUGGAGUGUCAGCAAUAUUGUCUUCUGCGGGUGCUACCUGCAGGUCACGAAGCGAGGGCCUCCUUAGUCUACUCAAUGAGGAGAGCUCUUACAGCAUCUUCAAAUUUGACAUUGGUUCAUGUGUCUACAUAGAUUCCUCUGGGAGCAGCCAUAAUAUUGAGUUAGACAGCUUCGAACCACCAAAACCAGAUAUGCUAAUGCCCUUCUCUGCAAAGCUUAUUGAUGGUAUCAACCGAAGUGACUCAAGAAGGAGAGCACUAAUACUUUUCUGUUUUGAGUAUUUUAAUGUGUGGGCAAGAAAAGCAGUCAUGCUUUCCAUUGACCACCAUGGUUUUGAUGUGCUCGCCAAAGUCCCUGAAAGAAUCACGCUAGCUAAUGUCUCUCAACAAUACCACUGGAAAGAGUUCAGGUUCACAUUCAAGGAACCAGCCAAGGAUGCUGAGGGCUUCUGCCGCACACUGGUUGAGUUAGAGGACGAAGUUCUGCAGAGCGUGAAGACGUACAGCGGUUUAGGGUGACAACCCACUUGCCACAAUCUGAAUCAGUGGGGAACAAAUAUAUUCAGAUUCCUGUACUCAUCUUUUGUUUAGCGGUUUAGGGUGACUGCCAACUUGCCACAAUCUGAAUAAGUGAGGAACAAGAUAAUAUAUAUUCAGAUUCCUGUAGUUACCUUUUAUGGUUUGAGGUUGGUAUACUUUUGGACUAUGAUGUUUGAACUUGGAGCAGCAAACUUGCAAUAUCAGAUUGAAUUGAAAUAUAAAUCCUUACAGUCGAGUGAAAACCCUUUUACAUUCA